AGACUGCAGCGCAAGAAAAAGUCACACACAUGAACAAAAUAGUAGGAUGUGACAACAACAAAUCAGACUUCCUCAAAUAGAAACCCUAGUAGUACGUAUCUAAUCUAACAGAGCAUAUUAAAGCUUCUGGUGAAGAAGAAGAAGAAAAGAAUGAGGCGUAAUCGAAACUUGAAGCAGAGAGCCGGCGGUUUUUUCGCGUCACGGAAAUAUAAAUUCCGUUACAUUCUCUACACACUCGCCUUCUUCGCCAUUGUUCCCCCUGUUUUCUUCCAUUUCAGGCUCAAACACUUCCAAAAGAUGCAAAUAAAGAAAUGUAGUUGGUUGAGUAGUCCUCCACUAGUUUGUGCUCAUGGUGGUGAUUCUUCCCGGGCCUUCCCAAACACUAUGGCUGCAUACCAUAUCGCUCUUAAUUCUCAAGUGGAUUGCAUUGAGAUUGAUGUUUCUCGUUCGUCUGAUGGAGUUUUAUUUGCCCUUCAUGAUAGGGAUUUGCAGCGGAUAUCUGGGAAUAGUACUUCAAGAGUAGGCUACAUGACUAUGAAAGAGAUAAAUGAACUUGUUCCUCAUGAUCCUGCUGAGUUGGAGUUUCAUGAUAACAAAAUCCCUACUAUUGAAGAUGCUUUGAAGUUGGUAUCAAGUUCCGUUCGGCAGAUAGUUUUAGAUGCAAAAGUUGGACCACCUUCAUAUGAGAAGGGACUUGCAAAGGAUAUUUUAAAUAUUGUUGAGAGGACCCGCUGCAAGAAUUGUCUUGUGUGGGCUAAGAGUGACAACUUAGCCAGGGAAGUAAUGAGACUAUCAUCUGAUGUGGUGGUAGGCUACAUUGUCAUGAAGGAUCCUUCUACUGGUGUCAGGACAAAUUUGUUGAGAAUUAGUGGUGCUAGUGUGGUUGGUGUUUACCACCAGUUAGUUGACAAGAAUCUUGUUAAAGUUCUGCACGGGAGAAGUAAGAAGGUAUUUGCAUGGACAGUUGAUGACACUGCUUCAAUGCAGAAAAUGUUGUACGAAAAUGUUGAUGCUAUUGUUACAGGCAACCCCAGUUUACUGCAGCGUCUAAUGCAAGACAUGAGAACAGAAUGCCUUGAGGAAGGUUUCUCGUUUAGUCGUGGUGAUUUCAAUGUUUGAAGCACGAACCACGUUUAUAUCCACUCGUGAGUUCAAAGGAAGACACCUUUAAGAUCCUUUCUUACUUUGCUCAGUCCAAUCUAGCACGUGUUUACCUAUUUAGAGCAUUGACACGAUCGAUCAUAGCAUUAUUUGUAUUGCUACAUUUGGCAAUACUAUUCUUACUAAAAAAAUUACAAAAAGUUUUAAAAGACUAUAUAGUCAAAAUGUUAUUAACUAUUUCAUUGGGGCGUUGGUGACUUGGGUGUCAUGUAGUUGGUAUUUUUCUAUAUGAUACUGAAGAAAAUUUUAUUUAAAAUACCCUGUAUGUGUUGA